AUGGCCGACGAGUUCGUCCCCUCUGCGCCAUCACCCCUCACCAGCCUCAUAACCAACACAGGGCUCAGUUCUGCCAAUGCAUCUAGUCCGUGGUACAAUCCUGCUGUCUGGACUGUCAAUGUGACACGCUAUGCGCCCAUACUAGAGGACCUUGUCUGGGCCGGUCCACGAUUCGUUAAGAAGCUUGGAUCUUACAUUUCUGUGCCCGAGCAUCUCGAGACGACGACCGGCAAUUCGAAUUACAUACCAGCAGUAGUUGGCGCGAACACCAUACUUGCUGAAGCCGACCCGAAUAUUCAAAACAGAAUGGAGCCCUUGUUAGGUACGGGGGGGUCUGAGACAGCGGCCACUGCUCCCAUGGGACGAGUGCCCGUUGACAGUGUCCGUAGCUUGGGCAGUGUCUUUGGAUAUGCCACCAGCAAGUGGGCUUUGUGUUGCAUAGCUAUGGCAGUCAUACUCAACAGGACACACAUAUUCGCUGCCACUCGACGACGCCUACGCUUGCGAUGGCCGACAAGACUCUUAUUACGAUUCGUUCCCAUCAUCCUAUUGGUAGUACAGGCGCGCCAGUUACUUCAAUCUAUUCAGUGCCAGACCUCAUCCGACUUUUCCGAGCUACGAUGGGGUAAUGCAAGCAAAAGCUCAGACUUGAUGUUCUCACACCAAAACGCCUUUUUUAAUUCUUUGAGUUCAAUUUUACUCUUCUCAGCCUCCGAUGAACAGUCCUGUAUUGCCGUUCGGAUGAUACCUUCGGAUGAAUCUGGUUCUGCUCGUAAUCUGACCGGCUCCUUGUCCAUGCUAUGGCCUUUGUUCGGAACAUUUUGUCUUAGCCAGUUCCUUGAGACCGUUUCCUGUGCCGUGCAGGGCCGUCCCGUCGCACCGGAGACAGGGAUGACACUAUUCGAGCAAUCUCUUGCGUUUGCAGAGGCCGAUGCCGCUAUCAGCAACCAGCUUGGUUGGAACCUUUUCACUAAAACAACUUCUGCUGAUGCCCCAGCCUCAGGGCUUGGAAAUGCUAUAGCUCUGACUAGGUCAAUGGUUAUGAGAAGGGUCAACACCUCGCCCGAAGUCCUCCUCGUUGCCUUGCUAUCUUCGAUGACGCAUAUCACGAGCCAUAUCCUCGGCAUCUUCAAUCUGCAAGCUAGGUACCGACUUAUCAGUACGGGAUUCUGGGGUCUCUGCUUUAUGGCUAGCAUUGUAUGGGCAGCCAUCUCCUUUGACCUUGACAAUCCAUCCUCUCAGAGUCUACUCAGAUUUCCAACUGUUUGCAUCAUAGGGUUUGUGCCACAUGUCCUUGUUCUACUAGGUAUCACUAUAUGCUUGUUCAUAUACGGGCUUGCUUUGCUCCUCUCAGCAUUCUCUCCCCCUUCGACAUCAGACAUGGCUUCAAUGACCAUUCGUCAGCGUCUAAUCCAUGCCCAUGAAAACAUGCAGGCGAACGUAUCGCUCUCUUCCAUUCGCAUCACUCGAGAAAUGGACUUCUACACGGCUCUACUGCGAACUGGGUUCGGCGCUAUCACUAUGGCUAGUGAAGCCGUCUACCUAAAUGAGGACAAACGCAUCAGUUUAAAACGACGCACCUGGCUGGAAGAGCAGCGGUUUAAGGAGGCCGAGGAAUUGCAAAGAAAACUAAUUGGUGGUGGCGGCGGCCUGCCCGACUCGCGAUAUGACCAGAUCGGCGCAAUCGGCCUAAUUCCCGUGAAAGGGGGCCCGUCAAUUGCAUCCAAUGGGUACGCGCGCGAACGUGCUGCUCAGAAGAUACCGAAAGGACGCAGUGAGCGCAACCUUCAUGCGGGCAUUGGCGCGUCUGAAAGGAGUUCUCGCUGGCUUAUGGCACUGGAGUUUCUACUCAGUAUCAACAAACUUCUUGCAAGAAUUAGCGCCAAGUCUUUGUUAUGGUGUCUUGCGACUCUACGGAUCCGAUAUCAGCCGGCAUGGCUUCUUUGGCUUGCCCAGCACCCAAAAAGCAUGGAUGGCCAGAGCAAAAGCUCUAGUCGUAAACAGCCACGACCAAGAGGACCAUCUUCAUAUAACGAUGGAAGCAUACCGAAAGAGGAGACGGCAGACAUCGAGGCCGAGUUCAGGCGUGUAUGCAUAGACCAAGACGAGGAGAGCCUAGACAGGGACCUAUACAAGUAUUGGGUGAAAAAUGGCUGGUGGGGAUCUGCAGAUUCUAGCGGCGACUUUGAACCUCACUCAGAUGACGACUUCGACACUACAAGCGUCGUCUCUAUGUCGACCACCGGCGAUGGAGUGGAUGAUUAUCAAGUAUGGGAGUCAGAAGACGAGAAUGACGACGGUCAACGAACACCUACUCAACGAUCCCCUCAAAUUAGUCGUGAGAGCACGCCUUUCCAUGACACCCCUAUGCGAAUAUCCGAUCUAGCACGCCUUCUGCAUCCCACAAGCCCUGAAGAGCGUGAGGAGGCCGUAACUUUGUCUGCUCACCUCCAAAGCGAUGGGAUCAUGACACGCGCCAAAUAUCGGCGAAUGGAGCAAUUGCAACGCACUCGAGUCUUGGCCUCCCCGGGAUCUGGCCUACUACAGCCCAAAGCUAACAUUAUGCAACCGGGGCGCAGCACCAAAUUAGAUCCUGACGAAGAGGAGCGUCUUUUGGAACAGCUUUUGCUAUCAAGGCGGCAAGCGUUUGCUGCGGCAUGUUCCGAGACAUCAUGGGAAAACGGGGGAUCAGGUUUUGGAAGCGAUGGUCCGCAAUGUGUGGUGUGUCAAAGUUCACCCAGGACCAUCAUUGUCUGGCCCUGUCGAUGCCUGAGUCUAUGCGAUGACUGCCGCGUUUCUCUUGCUAUGAAUAACUUUGACAAAUGCGUUUGUUGCCGCCGGGAGGUUAUUAGCUUCAGCCGCGUUUUCGUCCCCUGA